CUGCCGUAAAGGAGAGGCAGCUUCAACAACGAAGUGAAAGUAUAACAGUAACUGGACGACACAUAUUUGGAGUGAAAUUUGGUCCAGACAGGAACGGUCGUUUAUGAAAAUAAACAUAAUUAUGUAACGCAUCUAACUCGGAUGUUUUACGAAAAGAGGGGCGUGCUUCUUUUGUCGAUUCAUCUUGCUUGACGUGUUGAAGAUGGAUGAAACGAUGUAUUCCCAAGGAAGUGUGACUGCUGAAGUCCCGCCAGAGGCUGGAACGAACGAUGUUCCACAAUCGAACGUAGCAGGUGGAGAAGGUGGGCCUGCAGGAGGGCAGGAUGGAUCUGGCCUCGGUGGCAGCGGGACUCACACGGCUGAUACACUCUGUUCUAAAGGACAGAAAUGUAAGAGGCCCGGUUCACCUGGUCCCCAUCCUGUCAAAACGUCCUGUGUUGAUGCACCCUCUCCAAAUCCCCAACUCAACCUCUGUCUUAGUUGCAGUCCUAGUAAGGGAGUGAGUACCACCAGUGAUGGUGAGAAGCUGGGUCCUGACCCGUCCAGUUCGGUCUGUAAAUCCAUCAACAACUCUGCGGACAUGGCCGAUGAUGGCGGUGCUUGUGCAGAGGACUCUGGUUUUGCAAUGGCUCAGGUAGCGGAAUCAGAGGCUUUAAUCAAUGACUCUGACUCUGGGAGUUUGGCCAAAGAUGGAACCCAUGUGGUUGCCGAGGGUACUGAGGUAGCAGAGUGCAGUGGCUCAUCUGAUAUGAGCCAGGACUGUAGCCAGCUAGGAGCAAGUAUUUCAUUUGCUUCGCAAAGCACGGACGAAGGAUGGCUGGGGACCCCCAUAGAUGAGCUGAACAGAAUGCCCCAGUGUGCCCCCCCUUUGUCUCGCCUGAAAGUAGUGCCUAACCACACUAUCAUGGUCAGGACGGAUCUUCUCCGAGAGGGAGAGCUCCCUGUCCCAUACCCUACCAAGUUCAAAGAUGCGUGGGAUGACGUGUCCGUGAAGAUGCCCUGCUCUGAGAAGAACCUGUUUCCUAAGGAGACCGAGGACAGAGGUGGUGUCCAAAGUCGCUGGGACCUGAUCCACACUGCCUUGCAGGGAGGCUUCAAAAGUUCUCUGGAUGUGAGGGAUGCAAUAUUGAGAUACAACAAGACAUACGCAAAGAAAUGGGACUUCACUGCCCUGAACCUUCUUUGCACAGAGUGUCUUGAGCCUUCUGAGGUACAACCCCUGUUUGAGGUCAUUUUACCUGCCAUGGUUGACCUAGCACUCAGUGCUCCUCGUCUCUGCACAACGCCAAUUCCCCUGCUGAAGUCAAAGAUGAACCAUUCCCUGACUCUGUCUCAGGAGCAAAUAGCCUGCCUUCUUGCCAACGCCUUCUUCUGCACGUUUCCCCGACGCAACUCCCGCAAGUCAGAAUACGGCAAUUAUCCCGAGAUCAACUUCUACAGGUUAUUUGAAGGUUCUUCUCCAAAAAAGAUUGAGAAAUUGAAAACUCUGCUCUGUUACUUCAGGAGAGUUACACAGACCAGACCCAAGGGUCUUGUUACAUUCACAAGAAAAACACUGAACAAUCCUCCAAACUGGGCAAGCUGUCCGACUCGGCUGACACGGCUACACAUCACAUGUAAGGGGACGAUCGAGGAUGAUGGCUACGGGAUGCUGCAGGUGGACUUUGCAAAUAGGUUUGUAGGUGGAGGAGUAACCGGACAGGGACUGGUCCAGGAAGAAAUCAGGUUCCUCAUCAACUCUGAGCUCAUCGUCUCUCGUCUCUUUACGGAAGCUUUGGAGUACAAUGAGUGCCUCAUUAUCACAGGCAUUGAAAAGUACAGUAAAUAUUCUGGUUAUGCUGAGAGCUACAAAUGGAAGGAAAGCUACAAGGAUGAAACUCCCAGGGACGACUGGCAGAGACGAUGUACAGAGAUCGUGGCCAUCGAUGCUCUUAAAUACAGACACUUCUUAGAGCAGUUUCUGCCCGACAAGAUGACCAGAGAACUCAACAAGGCGUACUGUGGAUUUUUCCGAACUAACGGAAACAGCAAGCAUCUUUCUGCGGUAGCCACGGGCAACUGGGGUUGUGGAGCUUUUGGUGGAGACACACGGCUCAAAGCGCUGAUUCAGUUGAUGGCGGCGGCGGAGGCUGGGAGAGACGUGGCUUACUUCACAUUUGGAGAUGCUCAGCUUAUGAGAGACGUCCACGAAAUGCACACCUUCCUCACCGAGAGACAAGUCACCGUCGGACGCCUGUACGGCCUCUUGAACCAGUACGCGAGUGUGGUGUGCAGGAAUUGCCGCCCAACACGACCUGAUGUCAGUCUCUACAGUUUCAUCCACGAGAAGGUCUCUUCUGCCGCCACGGCCGGCGCCUCGGAAACAGAUAGCCCUCUGGAAAGUCGUCUGUAACACCUGACCUUCUUCGACGCGGAGCAGUGCAGCUCAAGGUCCCGUCACCUGUCUCUUUGUGUAACAGAGACACCAGGUUCAAAGACGUCAAUGUGCUCUCAGUCUUGUGCUUACAAUCACUGUUUUACACACACACACACACACACACACACACACACACACACACACACACUCCCUUUAAGUUUGUGACCCUAACACACAAACUUCCAAAACACAGUUUUGCCUUUCUCACUGCUGGUUUUACUGGAGACUCGUAUUCCGCCACCAAAUGUGGUGAAAUGUUUCAGAGACUUAUAGCAAUAGUAAAUCCUAGUUGCUGUUAGGCCUUUCUUUAGACAAGUAAAAGUGACGUGUAACUCUUUUGUUUUUACAUACUAAUUACAAAUAUGGCCAAAUAGUCAUCAUAUGCAUGGUUGUGGACUUUUUUGCUACUGAUAACCCAGGAGGUGAUGAUCCUUCUUGGUUAUCUCGUCUUAUAUUGCGUUUGCUUCUCUUUCUGAGUGAGUUUGUUUUCUCAAUUUUGCCAUACCCAGGCUGUGGCGAGGUUCCUGAAUACAGAGAGAUGGUGAGGUGCCAUACUGUAGUCUAUGCAUGGGUUACAUUUAUGUAUGAAGUAUUCUACAAACAUAUGCUGCUCUUUCAUGUCCUCUGAGGAUUUCGAGGUUCAACACACAUAUGGUCCUUAAAGGGGCAGUAAGCAAUUUUGGAGAAGGCUUGUUUGUCUCUUUGUUGAUGUUGUGAUUUUACUGCUCUGGCCGGGCCGCGAACCCGCGACCUGGGGAGUGGGACUGCCUCGCUAACCACUACGCCAAAAACCUUGGUUUGCAGCGGUUCCCACUAGCAUGUCUCUUUAACGUGUCGAAGCGUGUUGUUGGUGCCACCCGGGCCAUUUGUUUUGUUUUUGAUUUACAGAGCAUGGGCUGCGCCGAACAAACCCCGAUUUAUUUCCCGGCGCGCACACAGAACCAACAGCUAGCGGACCGUGAGGAAAUAUUUGCUUAUUUUUACAAAAUGUGUAUUGCUUUAGAAUUGUGUACCGCCCCUUUAAGGUUUCUAUUAAAACAAGUGAAAAAUAAUCAAUAAAAUUUUAGCUGGAAUGAGAAUCCUCUUUUGAUGCUCAUUGUCAUAUUAUACCAUUGAUUCUAUUUUGAGUGACAUAAUCAUUUUCACAUAGAGUGGGGUCAAAAACAUCCGCGAUCAAUCCCCACUCUAUAUUCAGUGUUAAGCACAAUACUGAUCCUGAAUUAAAAAGAGAUAAUUGCACGAAAAUAAUCAGUUUUGUCAAUGUUUUUACCCAACAUUUAAUUUGGGGAUGUGAUUACUUUUGCUGUAUUUCCUGAUUGACAAUGGGCUCUAUUUAAUUAUGUAUUCAUACACAGAGUAAAGGCUGUAAAUGUAUUGCACAGUAUUGUACGUAAUGUUUUUAGGUUGUACUAUUUUUAUUAUAAUUGCUUAAUUAAAAUACGUACUGUUGAAAUUG